CGCCCCCGCCGGCCGCGGAGCAGCGCCAGCCGCGCGCCGGGCACCCGCAGCGGCCGCUCAACAAGUCCCCGGCCGCCGCCGCUCCGCGCAGCGCCGCGCAGAGCCCGGGCGCCGGCGGCGGCGGCAGCGGCAGCAGCAGCAGCGCGGCGCGGCCGGCGGCUCCGCGGGGCCGCCCAUGCCCCGCCGCCCCGCGCCCCGCCGCCCCGCGCCCGCCCGCGCAGGGGGAUGCAGCGCGACGGAGCGGCGCCCAGCUCGGCGGCGCGCUGAGGGCACGAGGCAUCAUGGUGAGUAAGGAGCCCAGCAAAUGCCUACUCACCCCCUCGGAAAGCGAAGUCGAGCCAGCAGCUUCGCUCGCCUUGGAGAUGAAAUACGCACUGGAUCCCAAUCGGCAGAUUAAGAAGAGAAACAAAGCCCUCCAGGUGAGGUUUAAAGAUAUCUGCGAGGCCCAAAACGAACAGCGGGACAAGCAGCUGUCUACGAUACAGGACACGGACAAGAGAGAAGCGAAGCCCAUUUCUUACAAAACGGCUUAUCGUAAGUACAUGACGGUGCCUGCCCGACGGUCGAUCCCCAACGUCACCAAGAGCACAGGAGUCCAGACUUCCCCGGACCUUAAAAAGUGUUACCAGACGUUUCCUUUGGACCGGAAAAAAGGGAAUAUCAUUAAAAGCGCCUCGGCCGUCGACACCUUCAAGAGCCAGAACAACGGAUUUCUGAUCGACAUCAAGGACAAGGACAGCAGGAGCUCGGGGGAGGCUCUCCAGCGCAGCAAGAAGGGCGGCAGCCUGCAGACGGCCGAGUUCAUCUCCCACGCGACGGAGCGCGCGGCCCGCGGCCCCGAGCCGUGGGGCCGAGCCGCCUGGCACGGCUGGGCCAAGGAGCCGCCGCCGCGGGACCCCGAGCGCCCGCCGCGGGAGCGGGCCGAGGCCGCCGCGGGGCCGCCGGGCGGCGAGGAGCCUCCCCGGGCAGCCGCCGCCGCCGCCCCGGGCAGGGUGUUUAAGACGGAGGUGGCGGCUCUGUAUCUCCCGGCGUCGCAGGGCGCGCAGCCCGAGCUGCGGCAGCUCGCGGCCGAGGCCGCCUGGGCGCUGUGCCCCGCCGCCGAGGAGGGCAGGAAGCGGACUGCGCGGCUCAACGGCGUCCAGCCGCCGGCGGACGCCGCGGCCUGCUCGGCGCCGGCGCGGUGCCCGGCGGCCGAGUGCCGCGACCAGGCCCUCGAGGCCAACGCGGCGCCGGCGGAGGAGGCCCGGCCUUGCCAGCCGGCGGUGGCGGCGAGCGAGGAGUGCCAGCAAAUCGUGCCUCACACCGAAGUGGUGGACUUGAAAGCACAGCUCCAGAUGAUGGAGAGUCUGAUCAGCUCGAGUCAGGAAACCAUAAAAGUGCUGCUGGGGGUCAUACAGGAGCUAGAGAAAGGAGAAGCGCACAGAGAAGGGCUUUCAUAUCGGACUGGUCAAGACACAGCUAACUGCGACACAUGCAGGAACAGUGCAUGUAUUAUCUACAGUGUGGAAUUGGAUUUUAAGCAGCAAGAAGACAAACUACAGCCAGUUUUGAGAAAACUUCAUCCCAUUGAGGAAACUCAGGUUGCACCUUUGCCUUAUUCUCAGGAGAGUUACUCCUCAACUCCCAAGCAAAAAUCCAAAACUGAAUCAAAAAAGCAUGGAAGAUGGAAACUCUGGUUCCUUUAACCAAGUCCAUUACAUAUGGAGUUCAAGGCCUUCUUUGAGAAAUAUCUGGAAUCCUAUCAAUCAUCUAAAAGGGAUCUUGGUAAAUUGAUCAGUGUUAUCAGCCGACGUUGUUCUGACUAUUCUGGCAGCAUUCAGUUCUCAUCACAUGUACCAAAAAGGCCUUUGUACCUAUAAACUACUGUUCAGGAGCGAGGCAUUAAGUAAUACCUCGCUGACUUUUAUUUGCAGUUCACCAAUGUGGGAUGUAAAACCUGAAUUGAAAUUUGUACAAAGAUGGAAAGUAAAACUAUUUUUCUCCCUUUAGAUCUGGAAGCAUCACAUUUUAACCUGUUAAAUUGUAGGCUGUCAUCCUGUACACAGCUAAAUAUCACUAUUGUUUUGAAGCCUUUUGGGGGUUUGUUUUAUUGUCUUUAAACACCAAUGAGGGGAAAAAAAAAAAGGCAAGCCUUACGUUUGCAAUGGUCUUCAGUUUUACAGAUCCAUGUGGAUCGGGGAGUGCAAUUUUCAGCACAGAUAUCCUGGACAAAGCACAAUUUUUCACGUGGUCCGAGACCAUGAAUAAUCAAUCUCUAAGAUGUGACUAUAUGUAUAUUUGCCUUCAUGUGUUGUAAACUUCAACGGAGUUAUUACAUUUCAACAUGGUACCAUCUUUUCUAAGUUAGCUAAGACCUCAUCCCCAGACUAACAAGUUUGCUCUUCAUCUCCCAUGGGUAAGCAGCUAGAAGUCUCCCAAAGUCAGGACAUGCCUUUAACCAUACGAAUUUGACAGGGUCAUGGCUACCGGACAAUACACUGUCCUAGAUCUCAUUUUUAAUCUUUUGGUACCCAAAAGGUCUAAAUGAAACAUUCUGGAACAGAAAGAAAAAAACAAACAAAAAAAAAACAACAAAAACACCCUGUGAUACAAAGCUCUAUGGAUUGUUGGCUUUUGCCAUAAUUUAGUAUCUUUUUGUAACAAAGUCUUUGGAAAAUCUGUACACAAUUGCAGACGGCACCCGAAAUUUUACAGCAUGCAUUAUGCUUUGAAACCUGUUUAGAAGGACGAGGCAAUUUUCAAGGGUAUUUAUUUAGCUGAGCUUCGAAGAUGAGUUUCCCAACAAACAUAUUAUAAUUUAUAUCUAAAUAAUUUAUUAAUUGUACUUGCUAGCCAAGACCCUUAGGGAAGAAAUGUGAAUCAAAUUUUUCCUUUUUCUUUUUUUCUAAUGACACUUAAAAUGUUGCUCUGAACUAUACACUGCAAUCUUUUCCUUUACAUAUCUGCUAACAUUAUUAAACUCUUAUCUGGAAUAACUGGGGAAAAAUGCUUAAUGCUAGAACUGGCCAGGAAAUGGGAAUCUCGCCUUUUCUUUUAGGAGUGAAGAUAAUUUGAGUAGCACAGUGUCAUGUGACAAACUGGUUCGCAAAGUAUUGGUUUUGAAAUUUCAUAUCCCACAGUGUCAAUAAGAUAUUUAUUCUUCAGUCUUUAGGUGGAUAAAAAAGGUGGAAGAAACGUAAUCAUUUACUGAAGACUUUGCACAUACUGAAAACUUGGAAUAUUUCAAUUUAUGCUAUUUUUCUCUUAACUCGAGAUCAAAUCAGUGACAAGUUUUACAAAAAAAAAAAUGAGGAAAAACAUUUGUUUUUUGCUUUGGGGAAAAAAAUAAGAAAAGUAAGUUAAUAUAAAAACACAAAUAUGGAAGCUGUCCAUGUCCACUUCCAAGCCAACGCCAGUGUGCUUUAGUGAAGAAGUCACCUUUGUAGUAAAUUUCAAGAGGGCUACGAGUUCUCGCACGUGAGUAAAUAUCCUGAGAUACUUCUGUGAAAGCUAAAGGAUUCGAAAAGGUGAUCCUGUGUACCAGGAAGGAAGUGCAAUUGUUUCAUAUGGAAAAAUGUGUUUCAUGUAUUUUAUAUCGUUUUUAAUUAAAGCUAUAAUACUGUUUACAAGACAGCCCACCUUACAUGUUUUAGAAACCCAAGUAUUUCAAAAAAAGAAAAAAAAAAAGUAUUUUUCCUAAACAAAGAAAUAUCAAAUAAGGACACGAGAAGAAAAUACAACAGUAUUCAAUAUUUUAAAAUAGUGGCAAUGAUUAAUCAAGUCAUGCAUGCGAACACACCUAGCAUUUUAAGAAAAUAAAAUCAAACCUCGCUCAAUGGGGAACAAGUAAUUAGUAUCAACUAAGCAGCAGCUUUUCCCAUAAACCUAUUCUAGACGUUCCUGUGUGCAGGGACUCCAGCACAAAACUCUUUGAACUGUUUUUAUGUGUGGUUACCGGUUCCUACAGAGACCAGUAUUCCGUAAUCAUUCAAAUGACAGAGGAAGAUUCACUGGUGAAACAUUUAAGAGCUAAGUGAAAGUUCUCACCGAGUGGUCUACAUAUGUCCAGGCUAUUUUCUUAAACAAGUUGCAAAUUUUUAAUUUUUUACAUUUUUUUAAAAAUGAAAAAGCUAACAUACAUAUAGUCUUGCUUAAAAUUACAUAUCAUGUUAUAUCGUAUCAUACAAUGUCAUUUGUAAUAAAAGGUUUUUGCAAGUGUGUAAAAUGUAUCAUAUUGUAUUCCGUUUAGGAUCACUCAGGCUCAGGUUAGAUACUGAGAGAAACAUAAUUCUUUAGAGCUUUUAGUUAAAUGUGACUGACAUGGAGCUAUUUUCACCCUAAUGUAGAAGAUCUUAUAAACUGCAGGUAUGAGGUUAUAACAAAGAAAAUGCAUCACCACUUUCAACGUGGCACAUAACACAGCUUCCCUGAAUUCACUACAGUACCAUGCACUUUCAUACACUGAUUUACUAUAUGCACUGCUCCCAUAUCAUGCUUAAAAUACUUUCUAGUCAAUAAAUACUGCAGUGAUUUUAUAUUACUUGCUAUUUUCUGAGUCUGCCUACUUUCCAUUAAGCAGUUACAUUCUUUGUUUUAGAGCUACUGGGAAACACAGUUCAUGUAAGUAUCACUUGUUUUCUUAAAGAAAAAGAAUCACUGUAAAAACAGUUUAAAAAUCAGGAUAAAUUGAAAAAAGUCAUGAUUAAAACUGAAAAAUCCUA